UGUUGCCUACGAGUUAAUUCUGACUCAUAGCGACCAGUGAAGUUUACAGCCUAGGAAACCCUAUGAGGCAGUUCUACUCUGUCACAUGGGAUCACCAUGAGUCCUAAUCAACUCCACAGCGCCUUACAAGGAGGACAGAGUGAUGGUGAGGCUUGUUAUGAAGAAGACAGUGUUUUUAGUGGUGGUUGCUUUUGCCUUAUUGUUAUUCUCUGCUUGUUCUUCCCUGUAGGCUGAUGGCUCUGCCUGGGAGUUUCCAAAAGGAGUUGCUGCCCUUGGGAAUGGUUUGAUGGUCACCUCUUCCUUGGAACUUUGUACUUGCUGGAAUCCGGCUCCGAGAUAAAGGGGGGAUUGCUUUCUCGCCAUGGGCUGCCAAGAACACAUCUGUGUCUGCUCUUGACCUUGGGCCCCAUCUGCUGAGGGUGUGACGCUUCCUAGCUCAUCACCUUCCCUGGGCUUGUUGCUCCCAGAUUAACCCUUUCUCUUGGAGGGUUUACUUCACAGUGGUGGGUCUUCCUGGGGCUGUGUCACAGAGACGCCUGCGAAUGUGUGUGUGAAAGAUGUCGAGGCCCAAGGGACUGCUAUGGCUUCCAUUGUUCUUCACCCCAGCCUGUGUCAUGUUGAACUCCAACGUCCUCUUGUGGAUCACCGCUCUGGCCAUCAAGUUCACCCUCAUUGACAGCCAAGCCCAGUACCCGGUGGUAAACACAAAUUACGGCAAAAUCCGCGGCCUAAGAACACCAUUGCCCAAUGAGAUUUUGGGUCCAGUGGAGCAAUACUUGGGGGUUCCCUAUGCCUCACCUCCCACCGGGGAGAGGCGAUUUCAGCCUCCAGAGCCCCCUUCCUCAUGGACUGGUGUUCGGAACGCCACUCAGUUUGCCGCUGUGUGUCCCCAGCACCUGGAUGAGCGGUCCUUGCUUCAUGACAUGUUGCCCAUCUGGUUUACCGCCAACUUGGAUACCUUGAUGACUUAUGUCCAAGAUCAGAAUGAAGACUGCCUUUACUUGAACAUCUAUGUGCCCACAGAGGACGACAUCCAUGAUCAGAACAGUAAGAAGCCAGUUAUGGUGUAUAUUCAUGGUGGAUCCUACAUGGAGGGAACUGGCAACAUGAUAGACGGAAGUAUUUUGGCAAGCUACGGAAAUGUCAUAGUGAUCACCAUUAACUACAGGCUGGGUAUUUUAGGAUUUUUAAGUACCGGUGACCAGGCAGCGAAAGGCAACUAUGGGUUGCUGGAUCAAAUCCAAGCCUUGCGGUGGAUCGAGGAGAACGUCGGGGCUUUUGGCGGGGACCCCAAGCGAGUGACCAUCUUUGGCUCAGGGGCUGGAGCUUCCUGUGUCAGUCUGUUGACCUUGUCUCACUAUUCAGAAGGUAAUGACCACCUCCCACAAACAAGAGGUCUGUUCCAAAAAGCCAUCAUUCAAAGCGGCACCGCCCUGUCCAGCUGGGCCGUCAACUACCAGCCUGCCAAGUACACUCGGAUAUUGGCAGAUAAAGUGGGCUGCAACAUGCUGGACACCACGGACAUGGUGGAAUGCCUUCGGAAUAAGAACUACAAAGAGCUCAUUCAGCAGACCAUCACCCCAGCCACGUACCACAUCGCCUUUGGGCCCGUCAUUGACGGCGAUGUCAUUCCUGACGACCCCCAGAUUCUCAUGGAGCAAGGGGAGUUCCUUAACUAUGACAUCAUGCUGGGCGUGAACCAAGGGGAGGGUCUGAAGUUUGUGGACGGCAUCGUGGACAACGAAGAUGGCGUCACCCCCAAUGACUUUGACUUCUCCGUGUCCAACUUUGUGGACAACCUUUACGGCUACCCAGAGGGGAAAGACACCCUGCGUGAGACCAUCAAGUUCAUGUACACAGACUGGGCAGACAAGGAGAACCCUGAAACACGUCGCAAGACCUUGGUGGCUCUCUUCACGGACCACCAGUGGGUGGCCCCGGCUGUGGCCACCGCCGACCUCCACGCCCAGUACGGCUCGCCAACCUACUUCUACGCCUUUUACCAUCACUGUCAGAGUGAGAUGAAGCCCAGCUGGGCAGACUCAGCCCAUGGCGACGAAGUCCCCUAUGUCUUUGGGAUCCCCAUGAUCGGUCCUACUGAACUCUUCAGCUGUAACUUCUCCAAGAAUGACGUGAUGCUCAGUGCAGUGGUGAUGACCUACUGGACAAACUUCGCCAAAACGGGUGAUCCUAACCAGCCAGUUCCACAGGAUACCAAGUUCAUUCACACAAAACCCAACCGCUUUGAGGAAGUAGCCUGGUCCAAGUACAACCCCAAAGACCAGCUGUAUCUGCACAUCGGCUUGAAACCCAGAGUAAGGGAUCACUACCGAGCAACAAAAGUGGCCUUCUGGUUGGAACUUGUUCCUCACCUGCACAACUUGAACGAGAUAUUUCAGUAUGUUUCAACCACCACCAAGGUUCCCCCACCCGACAUGACGUCCUUCCCCUACGGUACCCGGAGGUCUCCUGCAAAGAUAUGGCCUACAACUAAACGCCCAGCGAUAACGCCUGCCAACAGCCCCAAACACUCCAAGGACCCACAUAAAACAGGGCCCGAGGAUACGACUGUCCUUAUCGAGACCAAGCGGGAUUACUCCACCGAGUUGAGCGUCACCAUCGCUGUGGGUGCAUCCUUGCUGUUCCUGAACAUCUUAGCGUUUGCUGCUCUGUACUACAAAAAGGACAAGAGACGUCACGAAACACAUAGACGCCCCAGCCCCCAGAGAAACACCACAAACGAUAUUGCUCACAUUCAGAACGAGGAGAUCAUGUCACUCCAGAUGAAACAGUUGGAACAUGACCAUGACUGUGAGUCGCUGCAGGCUCAUGACACCCUGAGGCUCACCUGCCCACCAGACUACACCCUUACCCUUCGCCGGUCUCCGGAUGAUAUCCCACUUAUGACACCUAACACCAUCACCAUGAUUCCAAACACACUGUCGGGAAUGCAGCCCUUGCACACAUUCAACACCUUCAGUGGAGGACAGAACAGUACAAAUUUACCCCACGGGCAUUCCACCACCAGAGUAUAGCUUUGCAGUUCCCUCCCCCCCUCGGCUCCUCCCUCUCUGCAGCCUAGAAGACAUAGAUAGAGGAAGCGAGAAGGAAUGUCUCCAACCAUGGAAUGUUUUUCAUCACAUUGACUUAGGACAAACACGAGGAAGGGCAGUCUCUGUGUCCCUGCUCACCCUUUCCCUGGGAAUUUCCAAGUAUUCCAAGAUCAACUUCCAACCCUGUGAAAUGUGAAACGUAUACAUUGCUAUUUCAACAUUGCUUUAAGAUCUUCACCACCCCAGCAGAUGUUUAGUGUGAUAGAGCAUCACCAUGGCCAGGAACUGAUGUGUCCAGUGUAACAGUAUCAGCAGACAUUUCUGGAACUUACCCAGGGACACUUUAAAAAAAAAAAAAUUUUUUUUUAAAUCAAAAUGGAAAUAAUAAAAGGUUCUUUGUGUGCCAUACAAUGGAUGGCUCUACAUAAGUGAAGGAAGAGUCUACGGGCUUAUACCUAGCACACGGAAUUACAAUCCAGAAUGAAGGAAAAGUGGAAUUUUAUUAUGAAAAAUAAAAGGACCGACCACGCACUCAAAUACAUAUAGUUCUGUGCAAAGAGAUGUUUUGCC